AUGUUUAAUGCCACCGGAAUAUUCAGCAACUGUGUAUGUGCUAUCAAUCCCUAUUGCCAAAGACAGCGUGAUUUGUACAGUCGGAUAACUACAUUAAAUGAUACUCGUAUGUAUACGAUAACUAAUACAAUGCCAGAUUCGACUGAUAGUUGUUAUGCUCUCGAUUCAUUUCUUUUUUCGAUUCAGGAAUGUUUCUAUUCGAAUUCAAAUUGUCUGUCUACUCUAUUAACGAAUAUGAAUAUGACAUACAAUCAGUUAUACACAGAAAUACCUUGGUUUUAUCCCACCCCUCUUGAUUAUGAUCCAUUGUCCAAUUAUUUCCUUCCAAAUUCUUCUUUAUCGAUUAUCACGAAAGAAAUGAUGAUUGAGCAAUGGAAUUAUACCGCUUCUUCCGAUCAGUACUACGAAACAUGCACACCAAACUACUAUACCUAUUCGUAUACAGCUCGAACAUACAACUAUAUCGGAGUCAUUGCUAAAAUCAUAUCGACUAUUGGCGAUCUCGGCAUUGCCUUGCGAUUGAUCACACCUCAACUGGUGACUUUUCUCUAUCGGAUCUUCGAAACAAAAUUCAAAGCGUCACAUGAGAAUCAAAUGCCAUUCUUCACACGGAUGAAAAUAUUAUUUCAAAGUUUUCUGAAAUCACUUUAUACGGAGCUGGUCAAUCUGACGAUAUUCGCAUCUUGUUUGUACGUUUUGUUACUGAUUAUUGGAAUUGUAAUUCUCAGCCUUCAAACUCUUAUCCAACCGGAAAUUUUAACAAAGACUUUCGCCAGACCGUCUCUUGAAACGUACACACACCUUUUGCAAGAACAUGGUGGUUUAGUUCACUGUCCUUGUUCGAUAACAUCAUCAAUCUAUGGUAAAUACAUCAAAAUUGAACCCAUUUUUCAUCAGAUCUGUUUAAGUGAGUUUGUUUCAGAAGAAUGGCGAAUGAAUAUCACAACUGGUCUUACUUCCAAUAUGUUCGAUUAUGAUCGACGAGAUUAUCAUCGUUUCCUGUCUGCUCACUUACAAUACCUUGCUGGGCUAUGUUAUCUUUCUAAUCAAGCAGUCAAUGCUUUUAUUCAACAAACUCUUUCCUCCUUAUUUGUCACUAUUCAACUUCUACCGAAAUUAAUUUUAAAUACACAAAUUGAAGCGCUUAUCGAAGAAAACGAAUCCAAUGUUCCAGCAGUACUUCUUCGUCUUAUUUUUCUUUAUCGAAAUAUCAAUCAUGCUAAUGCUAUCGUGUCGGCCUAUGGAACAAAUUAUGACUACCUCUUGUCUGAUAGAUUUAGAAUUACGCGUCUCCUUGGUCUCCGUGGUGGUCUUACUGUUGUUCUCAAAUGGAUUUGUCCAACCUUGACUUGUUUACUCGCAAAAAUCUUUGAACGUUGGAAGAAACGAAUCAAACGCAUUUCACCGAUUUAUUUUAUUUCUAGUGGAAAUAAUUAA